AUGAAUCCAUCAACUUCUGAAAAGUCAUCACCAACUGAAGAUACAGAGCAGGAUUUAGAAAUCCAGAUGGAAAGCUCAUCAUCAGAGUCGGACUGGGGAGAUGCUUCAAGCAAUGAUGAAGAGGAUGAGGACCAAGAACUUCUUAAGUGCCUUGAAGUCAUGUUACAUAACAGUAAUGAAAACACUGGAGGAGAUAUUGUCACUAAAGCAGAGAARCUUAAAGAAAGUCUUCAUCAAAGUGUACAUGCUUCUCCAGCUGUUCAUAUAGCACCAUUGUCAACUCCUGGUGGAAGUAAUAAUUUUGAAAUUAUUCAAGCUCUAGAGAGCAUAAACAAACGGCUAGAGGCAUUCCAGUCGCAACCAACUGGCCUCCCACAAAACAGUGUUGGGUCAGCAUUAAAUGCUGCAAGACAACCCAUCACUUCCACAAGCCAUCCCACUUCAAGAACCAGUCUCCCACAGCCCAUCACUUCCACAAGCCAUCCCACUUCAAGAACCAGUCUCCCACAGCCCAUCACUUCCACAAGCCAUCCCACUUCAAGAACCAGUCUCCCACAGCCCAUCACUUGCACAAGCCAUCCCACCUCAACAACCAGUCUCCCAUAGAUCAUCACUUCCACAAGCCAUCCCACUUCAAGAACCAGUCUCCCACAGCCCAUCACUUCCACAAGCCAUCCCACUUCAAGAACCAGUCUCCCACAGCCCAUCACUUCCACAAGCCAUCCCACUUCAAGAACCAGUCUCCCACAGCCCAUCACUUCCACAAGCCAUCCCACUUCAAGAACCAGUCUCCCACAGCCCAUCACUUCCACAAGCCAUCCCACUUCAAGAACCAGUCUCCCACAGCCCAUCACUUCCACAAGCCAUCCCACUUCAAGAACCAGUCUCCCACAGCCCAUCACUUCCACAAGCCAUCCCACUUCAAGAACCAGUCUCCCACAGCCCAUCACUUGCACAAGCCAUCCCACUUCAACAACCAGUCUCCCAUAGAUCAUCACUUCCACAAGCCAUCCCACUUCAAGAACCAGUCUUCCACAGCCCAUCACUUCCACAAACCAUCCCACUUCAAGAACCAGUCUCCCACAGCUCGUCACUUCCACAAGCCAUCCCACUUCAACAACCAGUCUCCCACAGCGCAUCACUUCCACAAGCCAUCCCACUUCAACAACCAUCAUCCUCCAUGCCUCUUAA